AUGUCGGAUAGCGAAACACGACUUGCAGCAAUUGCGAGCAUUCCAUCACAAAAGGAUAAAACUACUGAAUAUCGUGCUUUAUUGGAAACAAUUCUUACUUCAACGGACGAAACAGUUUUAGCAGCUGAUCUGGAAAUAUUUGUUGACCACAUAGUACAAGAACAAGUUGGUUUAGUCAUUUCUCGACAAAUUCUUACCGAGUUCGUACUGGGCAUUGAUAAAAUUGGAAAUUCUGCCAUAAAAAAACGUGUUCUAAACUUUGCGCUGAAUAAAGUCCAGCCAAGAGUUGUCAGUUUUGAGGAACAGAUUUCAACACUCCGCGAAAAAUUGGCCGAAAUCUUUGAGGCUGAGGAAGACUGGCUUGAAGCUGCUAAGGUGUUGCAAGGAAUUCCACUAGAUUCAGGUCUUCGAACUAUUUCGGAUGAAUAUAAGCUCAAGAUUUAUAUUAAAAUUAUUCAACUUCUUUUAGAAGAAGACGAAGCAGUGUCAACAGAAACGUAUUUAAGUCGCGCCGCGUUGUUGAUUCCUGGUUGUAAGGAUCAAGUCAUCAACUUAACGUUCAAAUUGUCACAAGCUAAGGUCUUUGAUUUCAAGAGAAAAUUCCUUGAAGCUAGUUCGAAAUAUCAUGAGCUGAGUUAUGUACCUGAGUUAGCGCCAGAAGAUCGAACGAACUUUCUUGCCGGUGCUGGCCCUCAACGUUCGCGCAUGUUAGCCACGCUAUAUAAGGAUGAACGGGUACAGCGUCUACCACAUUUUUCUAUCCUUGAAAAAAUGUAUCUUGAUCGUGUUUUACGACCAAACGAGGUCAAAGGGUUUGCAGAAACCCUUAAAGAACAUCAACGUGCACGACUCGCAGAUGGCACAACUGUUCUAGAUCGCGCAGUGAUCGAACACAAUCUUUUAUCAGCUUCUAUGAUUUAUAACAACAUCACAUUUGAGGAACUUGGAUCCUUACUUGCCAUUACUCCAGACCAGGCUGAACAAAUCGCAAGUUCAAUGAUUGAGCAGGGACGAAUGCAAGGAACAAUCGAUCAAAUUGAAAGAUUGAUAUUCUUUGAAAGUAAUUCAGCAGGAAAGGCAGUUGGCGGCAUACUCGGUGCAAAAUGGGAUAUAGCAAUUCAAAAUGUUUGUCAUCAUGUAGAGGAGGUUGUAAUUGCAAUCGGAAGCAAAUAUCCAGAGCUCACGCAAAUUUUGUAG